CUCGCGGUUUCAGAGUUCAGAGAGCUUGAUCGAUCGAUCUAUCCAUAGGAAUUUCAGGAGCGAUGGACAGCAGGAGGGAGACCUCGGAGACCUUGAGGAACAAGUGUGCGGCGUGCUUCAGGCAGUACAACAAGAUGGAACAUCUGGUGGAGCACAUGAAGGUGUCGUAUCACUCCGUCCACGAGCCCAGGUGCGGCGCCUGCGGGAAGCACUGCCGCUCCUUCGAGUCCCUCAGGGAGCACCUCAUCGGGCCUUUGCCCAAGGUGGAGUGCGCGCGCGUCUUCGCCGCCCGGGGCUGCGGCAUCUGCCUCAACAUCUUCGACAGCCCGGCCACCGUCAGAUAUCACCGCCCCGCCUGCCAGUACUCCCGUGCGGCUCCGGUAAUGCCUCCGUCGUUGUCGUCCAUGAACUCUAUAUAUUCAGUUUGCACGGAGGCUGAUGCUUCUUUUCCUCCCCCUCUAUUCUGUCAGAUGCCUAAGGCUGGCUCAGCACGAGGACGCGCGGUCGCCAUGGCCUGCAAGAUGGUCGGAGGAGGAAGCGACGGCUCGCUGGACCUCUGCGCUAGACUGUGCAUCAUUGGGGAAGACGAGACCGUCAUCUUCCAGACCUACGUGAAACCCACGGCGCCUGUCACCAACUACAGGUAUGAGGUGACUGGAAUAAGGCCGGAGUACCUGAGGGACGCAAUGCCACUGAAGCUUGCCCAGAGGAGGGUCCAGGACAUCCUGUGCAACGGGGAGCCGCUGUGGAAGAUCCGGCCGAGGAGCUAUGGAAGGGCAAGGGUCCUCGUUGGACAUGGCGUGGACCAGGACCUUGAGCGCCUAGGGUUGGAGUACCCAGCAUUCAUGAUCAGGGACACUGCAAAGUAUCCACCACUGAUGAAAACCAGCAAGCUGAGCAAUCCCCUAAAGUACCUUACACAAGCAUAUCUUGGGUAUGAUGUGCACACUGGCGUUCAGGAUCCGUACGAGGACUGCGUGGCAGCGAUGAGACUAUAUAUCAGGAUGAGAUCGCAAGCUCACCCGAGAGACUAUGCCUCCGGUUCAGGGGAGGUGCAGAAUAACUACCCGGCCUGGAGGCAGAGGGAGCUGGAGAGGAUGAGCCCAGAAGAACUGCUGGCACUUUCAGGAUCAGAUUACUACUGCUGGUGCCUGGACCCCUAAACUGAUGAGCUGAAGAGAACAAGGCAGGACCAAUGGUGCUGGUUUUCUCAUAUUCCAUCCAUAAUAAUAAUGAUUACGUGUGUCUAAUUAUCUUUGGACUUAUGUAUGGUGGGAUUGAGUAUCAUAUCGGUGAUCUAGAGUUGUAUGAGUCUUUAUUUAAUAGCAACCAUAUAUAGCAAGA